AUGUCACUUUCCGAUGAAGAAGACGAAUGUUUCGCUCGGUUUCUCGAAUCAGAAGUCUCAUCGGUAGAGGAAGAAGAAGAAACGCAAGAACCUGAAGCAAAACGACAACGUAUUGAGAAAGACAAAGUAGAGAAAGUUGGAGAUGAAAAGGAAGAUGGUAACAAAGAUAGAAAUGGUGGACAGAGAAUAGAGAGUGGAGUUUUCAGCCAAGUUCCUACAGAGCUAUUUCGUCAUAUCCUCAAGUUCUUAUCCUCUGAGGAUCUUGUAUCAUGCUCUUUGGUGUGUAAAUUUCUCAAUUUUGCUGCUUCUGAUGAAUCCUUAUGGCGUCGCCUGUACUGUAUCCGAUGGGGUCUAACUCCUCCGACUAGAAAGUUACGAGAAUGUGCGUGGAAGAAGCUUUAUAUUGAUCGUGAUGAGGAGGAUAUGAUUGAACUUGUCAGAAAUUGUCCGAUGGAUUUUAAAGAGUAUUACAUUCAAAUGCAAGCAGCAAAGCGAAGCCAAGCACCUCUUCCGUCCCAGAUGGUGGAUGACCGGAUAAUUCUUGACAAAACUGUACUCGAACAAGUAUCUCUAUGGAAGAAAAGCAAGGGACUUGCAGAUAAGGUUGUAAUUGGCCAUGUUUGUUCGGGAACAAAAUGUUCAUACCAUCAGAUCGACGACGUGUUCAUAUGCAAAGACACUGGGCAUGUUCAUGUAUGCGAUGAUAACUGCAAGGAAGUAAUAUUUUGUCCAGAUAGUGGGGUCUUGGUGUGUACUAUCUCAGGGUUUUGUUCUGAGAAUUUGCUUGUGCAAACUGAUCCAGACGCAGAUAUGGUAAAUGAGGAAGAAGCUGAACCGGAAGCUGAAAUAUUCACAGGAAGAAGCCGAUUGGCACGAGCUUUUGAGCUUGGAUACAACUGCGAGGAUGAGCGGGAAUUAGAACGUACCCUGAGGUUCUGCUAA